CUCACCACCGACCCGAUGCCAUCACCAUGGCUGACGCCCUGCCGCCGCCUCCACAGCUUCCUCCAUCGUCACAUUGAUGGUAGCGGGCUUACCGCCGACACUUGAACGAAAAAGAUGGUCCUCGAGGCGCUGCAUCGCUGGUUUCGGCCGCUCCUCGUCGCCCUCUUCCACCCGCGCCUCUCGUGGUCGCUGCGCUGGCGCCUCCUCUUGCUGCAGCCCAUCACGCUCCUCACCUACUCCAUCAACACGAUCCCGUACCUCUUCUCGCGGCCGUUUGUCGUCGAGCACCUACCCCUCGCGCCGGGCCGCUCGCUGCGCGUCCUCGUCUUCAAGGCGCCCGGCCACGGCGUGCGAUCGGUCCCCUCCCAACGCGACGACGACGAUGAUGCCGCUGUAGCUUCAGAAGAGCACCAGCAGCAGCAGCAGAAAUCGUCUUCGUCGUCUUCGUCGCCGCUGCGCCCGCUGCACGUCGAGAUCCACGGCGGCAGCUUCCUCGGCGGUCUGCCCGAGAGCAACGCCGCCUUCGACGCGCGCGUCGCCGCCGAGACGGGCGCCGUCGUCGUGAGCCUCUCGUACCGGUACGCGCCCGAGCACGUCUUCCCCGCGGCCAUCGACGACAUCGACGCGGCCAUCGCCUGGAUCGCCGCGCACGCCGCGCGCCGCUGGGGCGCCGACCCGCAGCUCAUGACCGCGGGCGGCUUCUCCGCGGGCGGGAACCUGGCCGUGGCGGCGACGCAGCAGCCCGACCGCCAGGCGCCCUCGGCGACGCGCGUGCGCGGCAUCGUCACCUUUUACGCGGCGCUGGACCUGCGCCUUGCCCCGGACGAGAAGCCGCGCCCGCGGGGGAUGCCGUCGGCGUCGUCGGAUCCGCUGCGCGUGCUGGUGCCGCUGUUUGAUGCGUACAUGGCGGGCGCGCGGCGGGCGAAGACGACGAUGGGGCACAGAGGGGGUGAUUAUGAUGACGGCGACGCGAGGCUGAACCCCGUGCUGGCGCGGAGGGAAACGCUGCCGGAGAGGAUGCUGCUGGUGGUGCCGGCGGUGGACAUUUUGUACGCGGAGCAGAUGGCGUUUGCGGAGCGGGUGAAUGGCGAGGAUGAGCGGGAGGGACGGAGGGAACGACGGCGCGUGGAGACAAUGGUGGUGGACGGCAUGUUUCACGGGUACCUGGAGGUGCCGGAUGCCAUCGUGGAAAAGGAGUUCAAGGACCAGGCGUUUACAAGGGGCGUCGCGUUUCUGCGGGAGACGUAUGCACAGCAUGGCUGGAGCUGGGGGGCAGCAUGAGUGAAGGGUUCAGUUUUGGGAAUAUGGUAUUUGGGCGUUUGGAACGAUUAGGAGGGCGUUGGGGACAUGAUUCCUCUCACUCACUCUCUCGCUCUGGCUCUCACACUCUCUCUCGUGUUUGCCUGUAUGUGGCCUGGGAUGCCCUCUCUUCUCAUGUGAUAUGGUCAUGGACCAUGAAUGAUGUCCGUCCCGUCAGUCACGACAAUUUUUUACUCCUAACCCGCACCCAAAUCAUGGGCCAGGUCAUAGUUAUAUAGCCCACUCCACAAAGUAA